AUGUCCGUCAUCGCAGCCAAGCCGGUUCCUGAGAAGAAGCCCGUCAAGUUCAGCAAUUUGCUGCUUGGGGCCGGCCUCAACAUGUUCGAGGUCACAACUUUGGGACAGCCGCUGGAGGUCACGAAGACGACGAUGGCGGCGAAUCGAGGAGAUUCGUUCGCGACCGCUUUGACAAGAAUAUGGGGUCGAGGUGGUGUUCUUGGCUUCUACCAAGGUCUCAUCCCCUGGGCCUGGAUCGAAGCCUCCACCAAAGGUGCAGUCCUCCUCUUCGUCGCCUCCGAAGGAGAGUACUAUGCCCGCUCCUUCGGCGCGUCUGACUUCACGGCCGGCAUCAGCGGUGGUAUCUUGGGCGGAGUGGCACAAGCGUACGCGACGAUGGGUUUCUGCACCUGCAUGAAGACCGUCGAGAUCACCAAGACCAAGCUUGCUGCUGCGGGUGUCAAGCCUCCGGGUACAUUUGCCACGUUCAUGGAUAUCUACCGGAAGGAGGGGAUCAAGGGGAUCAACAAGGGUGUGAAUGCUGUCGCUAUCCGUCAAAUGACGAACUGGGGAUCCAGAUUCGGCCUCUCGAGACUGGCGGAACAGGGUAUCAGGAAGGUUACCGGCAAGGAGGAGGGCGGCAGGUUGAAUGCCUGGGAGAAAAUCCUGGCGUCUGGGCUGGGUGGUGGUUUGAGUGCUUGGAACCAGCCGAUUGAGGUUAUCCGUGUGGAGAUGCAGAGUAAGACGGAGGACCCGAACCGUCCGAAGAAGAUGACAGUGGGGAAUACGGCGAAGUACAUUUACCAGAAUAACGGGCUUAAGGGUCUGUAUCGGGGAGUGGUGCCUCGUAUUGGCUUGGGCGUUUGGCAGACGAUUUGCAUGGUUGCUAUGGGUGAUAUGGCGAAGAGCUACGUCGAGAAGCUCACCGGCGAGGCGGUCACUGCUAAGCAUUAG